UCGCAAUAACAUACAUGUAUCAAUACGCUUAUCAGUAGAAAAUACAUUGUGGACGCUUCACAAACAAGAAGUUUAAGGAUUUUCAUCUAAGGUAACCUGUAUACGAGCGACACUGAUAUAGUGUUCAAGUGACAAGAUUGCUUUCGGAAGAGUGUCCUGUGUGAUUUUAUUAGCAUGUCACUAAACGGGAAAACUGCCUUAGUGACCGGUAUUUGUGGAGGCUUGGGAUCUGAAAUUGCUGUAUCCCUAGCCCGAUCUGGAUGUACUAUUCUCGGAACAGACCGUUUUGAUCCAGAAACUGUUGCAGAUGGCAUUGGGAAUCUAACCCAAAGAUGCAAAACAGACGUUCGGUAUUUUGAGUGCAACCUGCUGAAGAGAGAAUGCAUAACUGAUCUUUGUCAGAAAAUUGACUCGGCCGUUCCUUCUGGUAUAGAUAUAUUAGUUAAUAAUGCAGGAAUUGUCCACUCUGACUUCCUAGGAAGUAAAACGCUGGAGAGUUUUGAUGAAGAAAUCACUGUAAAUUUGAAGGCACCAUUUCAGCUUUGUAAAUACGCUUAUGUUUCAAUGAAAAAGAAAGGAUGGGGGAGAAUAGUAAACAUAUCGUCGAUGUUAGGACUAGUAGGUUGCACUCAAUCCACAGGAUACGCAGCCACAAAGUCCGGACUUAUAGGUCUUACUAGGGCUAUUGCAGUAGAGGGAGCGCCACACGGAGUGACAUGUAACAGCAUUUGUCCUUCUUUAAUGGAUACCAACUUUCUUAAACCUGCACUGGUGUCCAUGCAAAAAGAAUCAGGGGAAAGUCGAGAAAAGUGUCUGGAGAGUCUUGCAGGAAUGAAUCCUACGAAUAAGAAUACAACACCUUCUCAGGUGGCUGAACUAGUUACCUUUCUUUGCUCCCCGGCAGCAGACAAUACGACAGGGACAGCUAUUCCAGUAGAUGGUGGAUAUACAGCGCAAUAGACGCUUAACCACUUCUAGUGUCAUGUCUAGUGCCUAAAAAACGGUCUUAUUUCUGUCACUGCUUAAAAAGCAAAAUCUUAAAAGAACCUUGUUCAUAAUUCCAUUCUAUACAGGCCAAUAUGUAGUAUUCGUUGUCAUUUGGGAAAGUUUGAAAAGAAGCUUGUACAUUUUUGGUGGAUUAA